CUCUGAUUCACACUCGGUUGUACAUCACGUCCUUGAAACAGUUCAAUUCAACACUCGUCUCGCUGAAGUUAAAUCAACCUGGUAAGCCAUGGUUUAUCUUUUCAUGAACUACUUUCACUACUAACUAUUUAACAGGCCUAUGUUAAUAACACUAACAAAUAAUUGUCAGUCACUAGUGAAUGGAGGGAAGUGUUGCAGGAGAAAAUGGUAGGAUGAUGAUUUACUGGGAAAGAUGGGUUGAUCUGUGACUGUCUAAAGGUUGGAAUUAAUGAGUGUUGGAAUAAAUACAUAGACACAUGAACAGUAUAAAUGUUUGAGCUCCACCAAUCAGGGUGAGAAUGUGUGUUUAGUUACAUAUGUUUUGUGUUUUGGUUUCACGGUCUGAGAGGUGUGUGCUGGUCGUCGUGGUUAUGGUAUCAGGAAUCAAGAGAAAUGAUGGGUUUUCUCUGCCUUUUCCUCUCACUGACUGCUUUACAAGUGGAGGGUUUCAGUGGGGGAGGAUCUUCCAUUAAAUCUCAGUGUGGUUUAAUGCUACCUGGUAAUAGUUUUCAUGGCAGCAAAGGGCAGAGCUCUUCCUCACCAUACACUGUCACUGUCAACCAGACCACCUUCCAGCCAGGAGACACCAUCCAAGUGACUCUGUCAGGAACCUUCACCUAUAAAGGGUUUCUUCUGGAGGCCCAUGAGGAAGGACAGAACAAGGCUGUGGGAACAUUCUCUCUCGGCAGUGGAACUGGGAUCAUUCUUGUGCCUUGCAAUGGGAUCGCAGUCAACAUUUAUGCAGACCUCCAGUGUAUUUUGGAUUGCAGUGCCUAGUGUGACUGUAAACCGAGCUCUAAAAACAACUACUGAUCCUACUACAACAACUACUGAUCCUACUACAACAACUACUGAUCCUACUACAACAACUACUGAUCCUACUACAACAACUACUGAUCCUACUACAACAACUACUGAUCCUACUACAACAACUACUGAUCCUACUACAACAACUACUGAUCCUACUACAACAACUACUGAUCCUACUACAACAACUACUGAUCCUACUACAACAACUACUGAUCCUACUACAACAACAACUAUUGCUCAACUAAAUCUCCAACCACAACAACCACUGCUCCUACUACAACAACUACAGCUCCCACUACAACAACUACAGCUCCUAACACAACAUCUACUGGACCUAUCCCAAACAGCUCUGAACAGCACAAUUAUGACUCCUACAUCUGCUACUCCUAGUCCUACUCCUCUGACUCCUAAUACGUCAACAACUCCAACUACUGCUACUGCUACAACUCCUCUUAGACUUACGAGUUUGAGAGAAAGAAAGCGCUACUCUAGACCAAUGGGCUGCGAUGUUAGAGAUGACCCCAGGAAAUGCACCUACAUCUCUGUCACAACCUACCCUCCUUUCAUAGUGGAGAUUAGUGCACCUGCAGACACACCUAAGGGGUACCUGGGGAUCAUCAGUGAAAUGCUAACUAAUCAAAUCAAGUUUGAAUCAGUGAUUGUGGUGUACGAAAGUGGAACAUUUACUGUUCAAAACGCCUUUUACAAUGGAGCCACAUUUAUCAACAAAACACUAGUGGAGGUAACGGACAAAGAACUUGCUUAUGAUCCUUAUAUAAAAAUACUUCAAUUGAACUUCAUCAUCCCUGAUAAUUUGACUCCACUUUUGCUCAAAACCUUGACCCUAACACCCAGAUGUGUAAUAGAUACUGGUCUUCAAAAAGUGUUCUUUGUCCGAGGAUCUGUUGAGGAUAAUGGUGAUCUUGGCUCUCCCUCCAUCACACUUUUGACAGGCCUCUCCAGUCAGGUUUCCUCAAGCUGUAGGAAACCCCUUUUUCACGGCCUGUUGAUGACGUUGGUCUGCUGGAACCUCUUCAACUUUCUGCCUUAAAUCUGCUGAACUUCCAAAGGAGAACUUUACAUCCAAGUUCACCAUUUUAUUGAUUUGGCCAUUUUUGUUCAAUAACACUGUAUUUUGUAAUAUACUGUGGUCAUGCAAAUUUAUUAAUAUAUACAGUGGGGCAAACAAUUAUUUAGUCAGUCACCAAUUGUGCAAGUUCUCCCACUUAAAAAGAUGAGAGAGGCCUGUCAUUUUCAUCAUAGGUACACUUCAACUAUGACAGACAAAAUGAGAAAAAAAUCCAGAAAAUCACAUUGUAGGAUUUUUUAUGAAUUUAUUUGCAAAUUAUGGUGGAAAAUAAGUAUUUGGUCACCUACAAACAAGCAAGAUUUCUGGCUCUCACAGACAUGUAACUUCUUCUUUAAGGGGCUCCUCUGUCCUCCACUCGUUACCUGUAUUAAUGGCACCUGUUUGAACUUGUUAUCAGUAUAAAAGACAACCUCAAACAGUCAUACUCCAAACUCUACUAUGGCCAAGACCAAAGAGCUGUCAAAGGACACCAGAAACAAAAUUGUAGACCUGCAUCAGGCUGGGAAGACUGAAUCUGCAAUAGGUAAGCAGCUUGGUUUGAAGAAAUCAACUGUGGGAGAAUUAUUAGGAAACAGAAGACAUACAAGACCAUUGAUAAUCUCCCUCGGUCUGGGGCUCCACGCAAGUUCUCACCCUGUGGGGUCAAAAUGAUGACAAGAACGGUUAGCAAAAAUCCCAGAACCACACGGGGGACCUAGUGAAUGACCUGCAGAGAGCUGGGACCAAAGUAACAAAGCCUACCAUCAGUAACACACUACGCCGCCAGGGACUCAAAUCCUGCAGUGCCAGACGUGUCCCCCUGCUUAAGCCAGUACAUGUCCAGGCCCGUCUGAAGUUUGGUAGAGAGCAUUUGGAUGAUCCAGAAGAAGAUUGGGAGAAUGUCAUAUGGUCAGAUGUCAUAUGGUCAGAUGAAACCAAAAUAUAACUUUUUGGUAAAAACUCAACUUGUCGUGUUUGGAGGACAAAGAAUGCUGAGUUGCAUCCAAAGAACACCAUACCUACUGUGAAGCAUGGGGGUGGAAACAUCAUGCUUUGGGGCUGUUUUUCUGCAAAGGGACCAGGACGACUGAUCCGUGUAAAGGAAAGAAUGAAUGGGGCCAUGUAUCGUGAGAUUUUGAGUGAAAACCUCCUUCCAUCAGCAUAGGCAUUGAAGAUGAAACGUGGCUGGGUCUUUCAGCAUGACAAUGAUCCCAAACACACCGCCCGGGCAACGAAGGAGUGGCUUCGUAAGAAGCAUUUCAAGGUCCUGGAGUGGCCUAGCCAGUCUCCAGAUCUCAACCCCAUAGAAAAUAUUUGGAGGGAGUUGAACGUCUGUGUUGCCCGGCAACAGACCCAAAACAUCACUGCUCCAGAGGAGAUCUGCAUGGAGGAAUGGGCCAAAAUACCAGCAACAGUGUGUGAAAACCUUGUGAAGACUUACAGAAAACAUUUAACCUCUGUCAUUGCCAACAAAGGGUAUAUAACAAAGUAUUGAGAUAAACUUUUGUUAUUGACCAAAUACUUAUUUUCCACCAUAAUUUGCAAAUAAAUUCAUAAAAAAUCCUACAAUGUGAUUUUCUGGAGAAAAAAAAAUCUAAUUUUGUCUCAUAGUUGAAGUGUACCUAUGAUGAAAAUUACAGGCCUCUUUUUAAGUGGGAGAACUUGCACAAUUGGUGGCUGACUAAAUACUUUUUUGCCCCACUUUAUGUGUGUAUCUUUUCUCCCAUGGGUUAAUAAUUUGUUUAACGUUUAUUUUGUAUCAUUUGUUGAAAUGUACAUAAUAUAGAGUGUAAAAUUAUUCCAUUCCAAUCCCAGUAUUUAAUUGUCAUUGCUAAUGUAAAUACGUUAAUGAAUGUUUUUGUGUUCUGAAAAUAUGAUUUAUUAAGAUAUUUUACACAUUCUGUAUCUGAUCCUUAAGGGUAUUCGCUCCACUAGGAGCUGAAAGUACAAGUUAAGUUCUUAAAGUAUUUGAUAUGGAACUGAGCGUUGGGUUUUGAAUGCCUCUAGAAAACCUUAAGCCAGAGAAGUGAAGAAAUGUGUACUCUUAUGCAAUAACACUGUCCACAUAUAUUUUUAAUAGAAUUUAUGCUCCCUCACCUUGUAUUUCGGUAUUUAUUUGGCUGUGUUUACACAGGCAGCCCAAUUCUGAUAUUUUUGUAUUAAUUGGUAUUUUGACCAAUCAGAUCAGCUUUGAAAAAAUAGCUCUGAUGUGAUUGGUCAAAAGACAAUUUAGUGGAGAAAAAAAUAAUCACAUUUGGGCAUCCUGUGGAAACGCAGACAUUGUGAUGGUACCACAUUUACAGGUAGACCAGAGAAGCCAUAUCCUUGAUUGUCAGAUGAAUCGCAAUGCUGAUUAGAAGCAUCUGCUUCUCACCGCUUACUCACCUGUCUUCCCUAUAAUACAGGUUUUUUUAUUUUUUUAUUUAUCCGUUAUUUUACCAGGUAAGUUGACUGAGAACACAUUCUCAUUUGCAGCAACGACCCGGGGAAUAGUUACAGGGGAGAGGAGGGGAUGAAUGAGCCAAUAUACUGUUUCUGUUUGAAAAGGUUGUGAACCUACAUACUGUAGAAGGCUGUUAAGCCUAAACUACAUGCUAUCAUGUUGUAGUUAAAAUAAUUAAAAUAUAUAAAAAGUGAA